AACAAAAGAGAGUGUGCUGACUGCUGUUGUAGUCAACAUUACUCUUUUACUACCGAGUACGGGUAGAUUUUGGUUUAGAAAAAUCUAGAUCCAGACAGGUAGAAUCUUAAAAAAAAUGAAUAGCAUGGACAGUAUCAAAGAAGGAUGGUUCAGUGAAUUUAGUCCUCUGUGGCCAGGACAGUCUAUGUCCUUGGAGGUUGAGAAAGUGUUGCAUCAUGAAAAAACAAAUUAUCAAGAUAUUUUUGUAUUUAAAAGUAAAACUUUUGGAAAUGUCCUGGUGUUGGAUGGUGUUAUUCAAUGUACAGAAAAAGAUGAAUUCUCAUACCAGGAAAUGUUGGCACACUUGCCAUUGUGUUCACAUAAAAACCCUAAAAAGGUAUUGAUUAUUGGCGGUGGUGAUGGUGGAGUGGCCAGAGAAGUGUUGAAGCAUGAAUGUGUUGAAGAGGUUCACAUGUGCGAGAUAGAUCAGGGAGUGAUUGAUGCAAGCAAGAAGUAUCUGCCUGGUAUGGCUGUCAGUUUUUCUGACCCAAGACUUAACCUCCACAUCAUGGAUGGCUUUGAGUACAUGGGUCAACACCAGGGGGAGUUUGAUAUUAUCAUCACAGAUUCCAGUGACCCUAUAGGACCUGCAUCAUCCUUAUUUCAAAAACAGUACUAUGAACUCAUGAAAAAAGCAUUGAAACCUGGUGGUAUUGUUUGCAGUCAAGGUGAGUGCAUGUGGAUUCACAUGGAGCUAAUAAAAAGUAUGCUGGAUUUCUGUGUCACCUUGUAUCCAUCUGUUUCUUAUGCUUAUACAUCCAUUCCUACAUAUCCAUGUGGACAAAUUGGAUUUGUUUUGUGCAGCUUAGAUCCAGAUGUAGACUUUGAAAAUCCAGUUCGAUCAUUUUCUACAGAUGAGUUGGAUAAACUAGGCAUGAAAUAUUAUAAUUCUGACAUGCACAAGUCAUCCUUCAAAUUACCAGAAUUUGCAAAAAAGGUAUUGAGGUACAAGAGUUCAAGCAAUGGGUGUUAAUCAUUACUAUUUUUAGUUUGAGAGUGCUUUCUGUACUGCAACUAAAGCAGACUACUGUUCAGCCAUUCCUGCAAAUCUAGAAUUAUCAUUAUCUAUUUAAAAAAUUUAUUCUUGCUAGUAUAUCAGAUAAUAUAAGAAGGCUUAUAUGUGUUAAGCUAGAUAUUUUUUGGAAUGUAAUUUUAAAAAAUGUGUGAAUCCUUUCCGGGGUUUAAUGCCAUUUUAAAAAGUGUUGAAAACAUCACUUGCUGUGUCGCUUGAUAGCUUUUCAGUUUGACACUGUUAGUGUCGUUUUUAAAAUUCUCUAAUUAAAUCAGUAGUACUUAUUUUAAAAUAAUAAAAAUAACUUCAGCAUCUUUCGGCUGGUUGAGAUAACACAAUUUGAUCUGUUUGUUUUUUUUUUAAUCGCAAUUUAAUUAUGUUUGCCUUUUUAUAUUUGUUUCUAAUGAAGCUGAAGGAAAAGUGGCAUUAGCAUACUUAUGUUCUUAAUUUAACAACAAAGUUACUUGUGAAAAAGGGAUCUGUAACAAAAUUAUUAUUCUAUGCAUGUUUUUUUUUUUCAUUUUAUUAGAUAGUCAAAUUUAAAGCAUAUUUUUCUAAUCAAUAAUUUUAGUUGAGAAGCAUAAUUAUACUCCAGUUAAUUGUUAAAAAAUUUAAAUUUUACAUUUCUAUAUAUAUAAUAUUAGAAAGGCAUUAACUUUAUUUGAUUUAUAACCCAUGCAUUUAUUGGUAAAAUGAUCUGUAAAUAGUGAAUAAUGUAUUAAACAUAAAGUUAGGAGGAAAAUUAAAAAAAAACAGUAAGCAAAGAAUUGGCUGAAAAUGUUAAUUAUCUUUUAUUCUACUUGAGGAUGUGAUGGAUUUAAAAACAAAACAAGAACAUAUCUGGCAGUGUUGUGAAAUUUGUGUACAUAUUUUAAUUUGUUGAAUUUACAAGAGUCAAUUUUGUUUCUUGUUUACUAUGUUAAUGAGAAGUGGUUCAUAAAUUCUUUUUUAAUUGGUUUUUUACACCUUUUUUAAGGUAUCAAAUUUGAAAUUUGGUUUCAUUUACCUUGAUUGAAAAUUUUAAAACAACUAUUUGUUAUCACUUUAUUUUUUAUGUUGAAAAUUAACUUUAGCAAUUUUUACAAUUUUGCAUUUAUGUUUUUAACUUAAUAUUCUUUUUAUCCAAAAUGAAAUGGAAUUACACUAUUUUUACUUCUCAUCUGGCAUCUAAAUUAAUUAGUAAAUUUUGCUUCCUUGAACAACUAUAAACAUAGAUUUCUAAUACUAGCAGAUUCUUUUCUCAUGUGAACCAUGUUUAAUUUAAUAUCAGCUUAAUAGAAAUACCCAAAAUACUACUGAAAAAAAAAACUAAAUAUAUAGCUGGCUAACUUUAUUAGUAAUUUACAAGUUUUACUAUUCCAAACAUUUGUAUAUAACUGUCGUUCUGUUGUUAGUGAUGAGUUUCAUUUUUUUAUUAGCAACUUUAACACUUCAUAACUAUUUUAAAUGUCAGUAAUUUAUUAAUUAUGAAGAAAUUUUGUUUUGGAUUGGGUAUUAUAAAGUUAUCUUAAAAACCUGUAAAAAAAAUACAAGACUGAGUAAAUUUCAGUUGAAGUUUAAAUUUACAAUUAUUAAUACAAUGAUUAUCUGUAUUUUAAUGUGCUUAAUUUGGCCUAAACAGAGUUGGAUUGUUUGAAAAACUACAAAUGUAUACAAAUACUACUACAGGUGUAGAAUGUAUGUUAUUACUUUUUUUUGUAACAAAUUCUGGUGCAUUUUAAUCCAUUUACAUCCUGAUUCUAGUCACAUGCCUUCCUCCAUUCUUUACGAUUGGGGGGCUGCAUGGAGCAGUCUUUACUUCUUAAAAUACCAAAAAUAGUGCACACAUGUCCUGAAUGAUUUUUUUUUGUGUUGAUGUUAUUUUAAAAAGUAUUCAUCAAAUUUAGGUGUUCAUUAAUAUUGUUUUGCUUCCACUUUUUUUUUAAUUACCUAAUAACCAGACCUUACCCAUGUCAAUUACAAAUUGACACUUAAUUCUCAUUAAUUUAACCCUAACCAUAAGGUCAUGCUAGGGUAAGAAAAUUAUUUUGAGUGAUUACACUCUACCAUUCUUCAUUCAGCUUAACAUUCUCAAGACUGUUUAGGCUAACUAUAAAUAAAAUGUAAUUUAUUUUGUACUAUCAUUUAUAAUUCUUGUAAUAUGGUGGGUUUUUCACUUUGGCUGGUAACUGUAUACUAUUUAUUUUCAAGAGGAGGGUAAUCACAUUUGGUAAGGGGGAGGAAAGCCCCCCCUCAAAGCUCUAUUCACAUUGACAGCUUUACAGUUGACUAACUAAUUCUUCAAGUAUGUAUUUUUAUCUCAAAAGCUUUGUGGAUAUCAUUAGUAAAACGGCCAGAUCUGGUGUAAAAAAAUAUUUCAUUAAGAAGGAAUUCAUUAAAUUUUAUAAUACAUGUAC